AUGUCGCGCACAACCAUACCGCGUCUAGCGCUCCGCCUAAACUCCAGGAGCUCACUCCCCGUACCUUCAAGGGCAAUUGAGCCACCAUGUCGCACUCUUCCGCUCCUCCGAUCCCAAUGUGCCUCCCACACCAUCCGUAGCUUCUCCAUAAGCCCUCAAUUUCAGAAAAAGAGCAACAAAACAAACAAAUACGCCGACUCCCCACCGUCCACAAGCAAAGCCGGUCAGAUUUCUCCCACAGAAGAAGCAUACGAUGUCUCGGGCUUGGAGAUCGCCAUCCUCAGGGCCAUUGAGAAACUCACACAUGAGUUGGGUCAGCUACGAGGCGGCAGCAGGAUGAACCCUGAGAUCAUAGAGGAAUUGAAGGUCCAACUGGGCACAGGGAAAGAAGGCAAAGAGACAGUGAGGUUGGGAGAUAUCGCACAAGUUGUUCCAAGGGGACGCAUGCUAAAUAUUGUCUGUGGGGAAGAGGACCAUAUCAAAUCCAUAACCUCCGCCAUAGCCUCGUCUCCACACUCGCUUACACCACUGACCCCCGAAUCGGUCAACCCUCUCACCAUUCAAGUUCCCCUACCGCCGCCAACGGGCGAAACGCGCCGCGCCGCGGUCGAAUCUGCGAUCAAAGCUUCCGAGAGAGCGGAUAAAUUGAUACAGACAGCAAGGCAGGAGCAUAACAAGAGGCUGAGGAAAUACGAACUCAACAAGGACGUGUUACCAGAUGACCUGCAGAAGGCGAAAAAGAGAAUGGAGGAAGUGAUUAAAAAGGGGCAUACUGAGGUGAAGAGGAUCACCGAUGGGGCCAAGAAGGUGCUUGAGUCGCAGUAG